AUGUCCUGGUUCCAAAAAACCUUCACCCUCCCCCCUCGCUCCCGCGGCUCCUACCUCAUAACCGACGAAGUCCUCUCCCAACUUCCCGAAAUCCGCAACUACAAAGUGGGCAUGCUCAACCUCUUUGUCCAGCACACCAGCUGCGCGCUCUCGCUGAACGAGAACUGGGACGAGGAUGUGCGCGCCGAUAUGAGCGAUGCGCUGGAUAGGAUUGCGCCGGCUGACCGCAAGGGGAAUCUCUAUCGGCAUUCGGCGGAGGGGGAGGAUGAUAUGCCGGCUCAUAUCAAGUCCGCCCUUGUUGGGGCGUCGGUCAAUAUCCCCAUCACGAAUGGGCGGUUGGCGACUGGUACGUGGCAGGGGAUUUGGUAUUUAGAGUUUCGGACGAGUCGGCACACGCGCAAGGUUGUUGCGACGAUUCAGGGUGAGAAGGCGUGA